UGACAGAGAUGAAUCCGGGAGAGGCGGACGUGAUGGAGGCAGGAGCCAAGCCUCCAGGAGCAGAGGACAAACCUUCCGGAGAACCAGAAGCAGACUCCAAGAAAGUAGAGGACCCAAAUCCCGGCCUUGAAGCUGCUAUCCCUCCGUCCAGACAGCGAACCCUAACACGCACCGCCGAACUGGACGCCGAUGGCGACGACAUGGACCUGCUGGAUCCCGAUGCGGACGAUGCCGCCGACAGCAUUACCCUCGAGUUGGCCUUGUCGCCGCACAGCAGCACUCCCACUCCACCGCCCACCAUUGCCGAGGAGGACUUUGCCCAGCUGGACAACAGUAAGCCCUUCAAGCCUCCAUUUCAGAUCAAGGACAUCACGCGGAAUAUUCGCAAGGCUGUGGUGGCCACCACGCUGUCGGAGCUGCGUGUGAAGGUGUCAGCGAAAUUUCAACGUGUUCAGCCGACGAUACACCUGGAUUGCGAUGGCACCGAAAUCGACGACGAGGAAUACUUCAGCACUCUGGAGCCAAAUGCCGAAUUGAUUGCAGUCUUUCCCGGCGAGCAGUGGCGCGAUCCGAGCGACUAUAAUGCCAAUUUGCGUCGCACUUCUUUGGAUGCGCAGAGAUUGCGGAAACUGGUGAGCAAAUUGCAACCGAACUAUAUCAACGACGAUGACCUGGACAAGCUGUCGAACAUGGAUCCCAACUCUCUGGUGGACAUCACAGGACGCGAGCCCAAGGACAGCGAGUACUCGUCCAGGAGCGAUACUGCCCGCAGAUCCACAGAGCUGUCAUGCUAAGGACUCUUUGGAUUUUGUCAUUUUUUGGGGAAGGAUAAUAAUCGCCUAGGGGGGUCGCCUUUGACGGAUGUAUGUAAAUAGGGAAUUUGUACGAGUUUAUAUGCCAAGCAGGCCGAUAUCUAAGAUGUCGGGUAUUUUUGGAAAACGUUUUGCUCAAUUGGACUUGAUGCGACCGAUAUGGAUUUGGAUGGUUUUAUCUCUCUAUACGUAUGUAGAUCCAAAAGUUGUGUAUUUUUCGAGCUCACAUUGUCGUAAGUGGAGUAACUAACACUCACCCUGAAUGUCUAUUAUCAACCGCUAAUUGUUCCUAGACCAAUAGCUAUAUUUACACAAAAGAGAAACUGAAGAGCCUCUAAGGCCGCAAUCUAUUAGAAUCUUACCUACUACCUAUCCCAACCUCACUCAGUGGACGGACGAUCAACGAACUUUAGAUGCAAAUAGUUAUACGUGUAUUCUCCAUUUAGAAAUAUUUGGGCAGUUAGGGGGUUACUAGGGAGCAAAUUGAAAAAAAAAAAUACAAUUUAUUGCAAUUGAAUCUCAAUUAAAUCAAUUAACAAUUGAAUAAACCUUCACACCCGGCACACUAUUUAUUUUUGUUACACUAUUUGUAAACUGCAUCGAAUUGGCACUUUUUUUGCACUUUUGUCAAAGGAUUUUUGCUGUUAAGCGAUUUUAAUUCAAUUUAUAUGUAUUUAUGUAUUUACGUUGUGUCUACAGGAAUCAAUUGGAAUUUGUAAUUUGUAACUUAACAAACCAAAUUAAAAAAGUAAAAAGGGAAAACCAAAUAA